AUGUCGAUCAAAUCCGCCAAAGCGUCGGUCUCAUCGAGGACUCUAUCACGAGUGUUCUGGCAUAUCCUUCGAAUAUGCCUUUCAUUCUCGUUGUUGUUUGUCGAUAACGCUAUUCUCGUGGUCGCGGGCUUCCUAGCUUAUCUCCGGAAAGCUAAUCGAAGGCGAGAAACACAGCGGAAUGUGCACUUUUACCCGAAAACAGUCCUCAUCACUGGCAUAGGCACGGCCCACGGCCUGACUCUGGCAAGGUCAUGGGCUGUAGAGGGUCACCGUGUGGUUGGGGCCGAUGUUACCGACCUGGACCUGCCCGUGCGCUCCGGCGGAAGCAUGUCCAAGGCCCUUGUGGCAUUCUACCGGAUUCCCAAGGACCAUUACAUCCCCGGCUACUCGACGUUAUCAACCGUGAAAAGGUCGACCUGUGGAUCCCAUGCUCGCCCAAGGCAUCCUCCAUUGAAGAUGCGACGGCCCGACAGACAGUAUGUGGUCGACAGAGGUCUUCCUGUGCUUGAGUAUCACAGGGUUCAAUCGCGUGACUCUGUACACAAGAUCUUGCACCGGUCGCCCUCCAAAACCUACCAGAUCUCCCGAGCGACCCCAUCUGCGAAUGAGAAGGUUAUGCUCUUGCCGAGGCGCACACUGAGCAAGACAUACACGAUGAUCAGCGAGAUCCAGAUCUCCAAAGAUCGACCCUGGAUUCUGCAGCAACAAUCUCGCCUUGGUGAGCUAUUUGCAGACUUACUGAUUGUGCGUGGUCACGUUCAAGCCAUCAAGGUUCGGCUUUCGGAUUCUGGUUCGUCUACGUGGGGUGCCUCGCGUCUAGAUGAGUCUUUGGCCGCUUCGGUCCAUAGGCUCAUGCAGAAAUUGGCGGCCACAGGUGGUGUUCGCUUAACGGGCCAUCUCUCCGUCCGACUUAUGGUCGAUGAAGAGUUUGAUGCGCAUUCUGUCCGACACACUAUCUACAUCGCCGGCUGUACACCUGGUGCCAGAGCUGUGGAUAAUCUGCUGUAUAAUGUACCUUGCCCCAUUGCAGGUUAUUUAUCUGUGUUCCCUUCCAAUCCAGUCGACACAGCCAACGUCGCAGCAACACUAUCAGCAACCCGUUCAGUGCCAACAUUUGCCCGAGCCGCCAUUCUUCCCGCUGCUUUCAUGCAUUUUUCGUUGUUCCACUUUGCACUCACAGCUGUUGAAGUUGCAGAGGCAGAACUAGCAUACGCCAAGAAGAGUGUGGCGGAGUUCCCGAAAUAG